AUGAAGUCCAUAAUCUCUGACCUGCAUUUGAAAUUUGCAGAGAAGACAUGGAAUGAAACAUUUCAGCUUGUUCGAAGAUGCAUGGACAAAUCCAGAGAUGACUCCAAACCCUGUGAGCCGCUGGUCAGAUCCCUGGAAAGGCUCCAGGAAGUGUUCAAUGUGACCUCUAUGAAGACCAUGAAGUCUCGUUUGGAACUGAUUGCUAAACAACAAGGACUGGGCUUUCACAUCACCGAGGCCACAUGCUACCUGACGGCAGAUUUGUUCUACCUGGAGGUGGUGUUGCUGCCAUGUGGCAGGGUGGAGGACGUAAAGGUGGCCCCACAUGGAGGAUCCCCCGUUCCCAGCGAGUCCCUUCUCCAGCUGCUGAGGUCAAAACAUUUUGCUGAGUUCUCCAUGAAGUUGGCAGGCCUCUCCGCCCACUACAACAUCCCUGGAGACAAUGAAGUGAAAUUAAAGUUAUUUACGUCUCUGCAAUGCCUCUGGAAGGACUUGCAGCAAAUAUCAUGUUUACAGAGGGAGCCAAAGGACUCUGACCCUCAAGUGGACUUGAUUAACAAUGGCAGGAUUGGGUGUCUGAUUGCUGGAAAAGAAGAUUGUCCUCUGACUAUCCAGUUCUAUAUCAGCCCGACUAAUGGAGUGAACACCUCAGAUUUACGGACAGCCGCAGUCGUCCAGGCAGCCCAGGAUGCCAUCUAUUUUACGGUGUAUCAGUAUAGUGACGCUACGUCCUGUGGCAGCUACCCUGUGUUCCUGCCGCUGAGCGAGGCGCCGCAUGAGACGCUGCCGGCCUGCUUUCUCCUCAGACUGCAGCCAGCGAUCCCAGUGACGGCGUCUGUUGUGGACAAGCUGAGGCAGAUUACAGAUGUGAUCAUACCAGAUGUUGACCUGCAGUGGGCACCCUUACCCAAGCUUCUGAUGAGCUGCUCACAAAGUACAAGCUGCGGCGAGGAGUCGAUGGAUGAGCAGGAUGCUGUUUUCACACUGCCUCUUCCUGGUGGUGCGAUGCACAGUUAUAUUCUCCCUGGAGCUGCGUGGGAGGUGCCUGCCCAGAGAAGCACUGUAGUGGACAGGAUUCCCUUCACCCACCCUGCCCAUGUCCCGGCCCUGCUGGAGCUGCUGCGUCAUCAGUGCGCCAUUAACGCCCUGCUGGGGAGCUGUUUGGCUUCGCAGCGUGCCAGCACGAGUUCGAUUUGCGAGCUCCACUUCGAAGUCCUGCCGGAGUCUGAGACCAGCUUUUCUGUGACCUUCCACCGACCUGACAGUGACUCCCUCGCCGUUUUGCUGGUGAACGUGUAUGAUUCUCGUCAGAUUAGCUGCACUUUGUUCGGAGCAGGCGUAGAGGAUCCUUCUUUGGGUGAAUACAUUUCAACUGUCCUGAUGAGGUGCAUGUCCAUUCCUGUGACCUUGAGGAUGUUACACAGCAAGCUAGAGGAGAUCACCUCUGCCCCACUUUCUCCCCGCCGCCCAGCCACCACAGAGGCUGAAAAUGACCACUCGGCUCCCUCGAGCGCCACCGUGACCGACACCAGCAGCGCCUUGACCACGUACUCCCAGAGUGCAUCUGUGCCAGAGGACGGCUUCAGCGUUCCUCCUUCAGCCUGCUAUGCCAUGUCUGUAGCCAAAUCUGAGCUCCUUCCUGAAAUAAAUGCAAGUCCUGCUGUCAACCUUUACCCAGUCGCUCCUGCGGGUGUGUUUCCACACUGGAUGACCAAGAGCGGCCGUCUGUCAGAGCUGAUCUGAAAGCGCUACAUGUGAUGACCUGAAGUUUAAACCUUUUAAAAUGAGCCAUUUUUAGAAGAUAAUAAAUAUUCUGAUAAAGCAACUGUUUUAUU